CUGAGCAGGUCACUGUGUUCACACCAAACAUGGAUGUCCCAUAUUGCCAAAACCCAGCGCCAGGUCUGGUUGUCAGCUCACAACCUGAAUUACCUUUAUCUGGGAUCUUCCCAUCAGAUGCCAUUCCAAGUCCGUGCGUCGGCAGUGUUUCUGACAUCAUGGCGAGUGAUAUUGAGCCCGAACGGUCAACACUGCCAUGGAAACGUUGUAGACGGUUGGGACGUCGUCGGAGGGGUUUAGUUUUCGAGACCUCUGGCUCUGUGCUGUCCACAAAGGGCACUGGAUCUGGGGUUCUCAAUGCAGAUGUUGUCUUGGUGCGAGACGUUGAACCUACCUUGCAAGUGAGCUGUCGUGAUGGCAAUGAUGAGCAGCUGAAUGCAUGUCUUCCAACAUUGACCAAUGCACAAGACAGCACCGCCGGCCCGGUUCAGGAAACAUCACUGUUAUACGCACGGUUGCUUUCUCCCUCCUUGCCUGAAGAGUUCCCAGGUCCGUCUGAUUUCUCAUCCAUUCAUAACAGAUGUAAUGAUCCGUCCGCUGAUGGUAUCGAGUUGCCAUGCCUUGCAUCAACCUUGAACCCUUCAGCAAGCCGUGUCCUGUGGGCCAACGUAAGUUCACCCCAGCUUGAAACUACUGCAGGCAGCCCGUUUGUGGAAAUGGGUAUGGUCGGCAAGAGGGAAUGUAGUUUGAACCUCGGCAUACAGAACCAGGACAUUGUGGAGUCUGAUGUCCCAGAUGCCUGUCAGGCAUCUGCAUCCAUGCAGCGAACGCCUUUGCCUUCUCAUUCUAUAUGUCGUGAAGACUUGCCAGUUGGUUGUCGGAAUGGUGUUCGUCGUUCCCCCCCUGUUGCAGAUGACACACUGGUCUCUGGGCAUGGUUGCUCUUAUGAGCAAACAGGAUGUUUGCAUGGGAGCCCUGCUAAUAGGACUUCGCAUGGUCCUGCAGUUGAUUCUCCUGCACGUUCUGUGAACCACAGGAUGUUUACCGCAGGUUUGGUCAGCUGAGCCCACUGGAUGGAGAAAGACCAUCAUAUGCCCAACUUUAUACUCGUCAUCCACAGGAUUUCGAUGAGGUUAUUGACAGCCGUCU